CCCAAUGGGGACAGGCCAGCCAGACCCCACCCAUGCACGAAUUCAUGCACUGGGCCUCUAGUUAAUGAUAUUGAGCAUCUUUUCGUGUGCUUUUUGUCCAGUUGUAUGUGUUCUUUAGAAAAAUGUCUGCUGAGCUCUUUUGCCCAUUUUUGAAUAUAGUUGUUUAGCUUUUUGUUGUUGAAUUUUUGGAGUUCUCUAUAUAUUCUGGAUAUUAAUCCAUUAUAAAAUAAAUGAUUUGCAAAUGUUUUCUCCUAUUCUGUGGGUUGUCAUUUUACUCUGUAGAUAGUCUUUUAAUACAUAAAAUUUUAAGAUUUUCCUGAAGAUCUAAUCUGUUUUUCCUUUUGGUUCCUAUAUCUUUGGUGUUAUGUCCAAGAAAUCACUGCUAAAUCCAGUGUCUGAAGCCUUUGUCUUAUGUACAUUUUGAUCAUGGAUCCAUUUUGAAUUAAUUUUGAAUUAAUUCUCUUCCAUAUGGAUAUCCAUUUUUCAGCAACUUGUUGAAAAGAUGCUUUUUCCUGUAUUGAAUGGCCUUCACAUCCUUGUCACAAUCAUUUGACCAUAUAUAUGAAGGUUUAUUUUUGGACUAGUUAUUCCAUUUUAUUGGUCUAUAUCAGUGGUCAGCAAACUCAUUAGUCAACAGAGCCAGAUAUCAACAGUACAACAAUUGAAAUUUCUUUUGAGAUCCAAAUUUUUUAAACUUAAACUAUAUAUGUAGGUACAUUGUUAUUAACUUAAUUAGGGUACUCCUAAGGCUUAGGAAGAGCCACACUCAAGGGGCCAAAGAGCCACAUGUGGCUCGCGAGCCACAGUUUGCCGACCACUGGAUAUGGUUGUCUUUAUGUCAUUACUACACUGUUUUGAUUACUCUAGGUUUCUAGUGUUUUGAAAUCAGGAAAUAUGAAUCCUCUAACUUUAUUCUUUCUUAAGAAUUGUUUUGAUUAUUCUGUGGCUCAUUGAAUUUAAACUCUGAGUACAUCUGGUAUUAACUUUCAUUUUUCUAAUAUAUUGGGAUGUUUUAGAAAUACUAAUAUGUGUGUGUAUGUGGUUCGAAGUUACUAAGUUUUUUAGGUAACUGGCUCACUUUCAUUCAUCAAACCUCUUUAUUUUAAUCAUUGUGGAUGAAAAUCAUUCUAAAAUGUAUUACCUAAUUUAUAUAUAAUAUAUGUAUGUGUUGGCUCCUGGACUAAAUAGCUAUGGUUUUAGAGUUCAUUUGCCUAUGUUGUUUUCCUUUAUUCUUCCCUUCUUGUCAGCUGUCACUUGAAAAAGACACUUAAUGUUGUUUAAACUAUAGGAGUAAUAAGUAUCAUAGUAGAACAUGCAAAUAAAUUCUAAUAAAAUAAAAUUCACCUUAUUUUGGCUACCUAGACUUUUUUCUAGGCAUUUUAAAAAAUAUAUAUUUUUAUUGAUUUCAGAGAGGAAGGGAGAGGGAUAAAGACAUAGAAACAUAGCUGCCUGCCGCUGUUGUGUGGGGUGCCGCUGGUGGCCGAGUGAGCGUGACUGCGCUGCGCAGGGUGCUAGGAGGUAUUGUUGCUGUGCAGGCCCCUUUGUGAGCAACAGACCAGCCUAGUGGCUGGCAGCAGGACACCCCAAGUCUGCAUGCUGAGGAAGAUGGGUGAGGCGGUGGCCAGAGUUGCAAGGAAGGUCAACGAGACGGUGGAGAGUGACUCUGACACCCUGGAUCUGGCGGAGUGCAAGCUGGUGUCUUUCCCCAUUAGCAUCUGCAAGGUCCUGUGGAAUGUCACUGACCAGAUCCACCUCAUCACGCUGGCCAACAAUGAGCUCAAGUCCCUCACCAGCAAGUUCAUGACCACAUUCUGUCAGCUUCAAAAGCUCUGCCUGGAAGGGAACUUCCUGUACCAUCUCCCCAACGAGGUCAGUGCCCUGCAGCACUUCAAGGCCAUCCACCUGUCUCGGAACCAGUUUCAUGACUUCCCUGAGCAGCUCACCCCCCUGCCGGCACUGGAGACCAUCAUUUUGGAGGAGAACGAGAUUGUGGAUGUGCCCAUGGAGAAGCUAGCCGCCAUGCCUGCCUUGUGCAGCAUCAAUCUCCACUUCAACCCACUAAACGCUGAGAUGCGCGUCAUUGCCCUGCCACUCAUCAAGUUUGACAUGCUCAUGCCUCCAGAGGGCACAUGGGCUCCCCCACCUUAGGCCUCCCUCCCUCCUCAUGCCCACCCUGAAGGGACAGAGGCCACUUGCCUGGCACCCUGAGGGGAGGGAGCCCCAAGGGCCUAUGGGAGGCCUAGCUUGGGGGCCUGGGGAUAGGUGGGCAAACAGCGCGUGGGAGGGGGUGCAGCAGUCCAGGAUAGAUAUAGCUUAGAGCUGUAGAGUUCUGGAAUACCCAGAGGAGGAGGCAAGGUAGGGGCCAGAGCCAGGAUUCUGGGCAUUCAUAGCCUCUAUGCAAACUUGGGCAGACCCCCACCUUCUCUGAACUUACAAUUUUGGGAAAAGGGUAGUAGUGGCAGUGGGUCUCUGCCUCCUUGGGCUCCUUGGAGGCUUUUUAGGGAACACACGUCUCCAAGUCUUUGAAUCCUUGGUAUCUUCUGAGCUUGCAGCUGAGCAUUGCUGAGCAUUUCUUGGGCCCCUGUGGGUUGAGGCCUUGCUUCUAGUGCUGAGAGCCAGUCACUGCCCUGAGACAAACAGAAGACAACCUGCAUCUAUUUAUUGCUUCCUGGGAACCACCCCUUCUCUGUGCCCCAUCCUGAGCCCUGUAGAUCCCUGGAUUGGCAGGAGCCUGAACCAGGAGUUGUGGGAAAGCUGUGGAGAGAGUGCGGAGGCUGCAGCAGGGCUGACAGUGUUUACAUAGGAGCCCCAGGGCCAUCAGGCCAGGAAACGGGAGCAGAUCAAGGUGGCUCUGUCCUUCCUCAUGAUUAAGAAAUUGCUGGAGUGACCAGCUGCACCUGGCAUCACCCCUUGAACUACAGGAGAGUGGCCCAGAGAGAAAGAAAGCCAUUUGUGCCUGUGCCUCCCUCUGCAGUCUCCCUCUGGCGGCAGACUGGCUGCCUUGUCAUUGGUUCAUCUGGAUGCAGGCGGCACUAUGCACCGUUGGAUUGUAGCUGGCCAGCCCCCGGGUCACCACUCAAAGCCCUGAUAACCUCGUCAUUUCUAGGCUCUGAACCUGGAGCCUGGCCAGGCAGUAGGGUGGCCUGCCAUCCAUGUUUGCUCGGGACUUUUCAGUGCUAACACAGGGACAGGACCUGCAAACAGGGACAACUGGUGGCUCCACCAGGUGAGGGCCUGGGGCUCUGGCUUCCUGUGACAAUACCUCUGGUUUGGAGAACCCCUGACCUCUUGAUCCUGCAGGUAUCUACCUCCUACCUUCUCAUCUGUGGAGCAAGCAGAUCAGAGCCCACCCUGGUCUGGACUUUUGUUGGAGUCUGUGGGAGAUGCCUUAGUCCCAAGGACUUGGGGCAAACCAGACCACCCAAAUCCUACAUCCGUGGGCCAGUGGCCACUGUUCCACACUCAGAGCACUGACCUUUUCUCAGAAUGUACCAAUUUCCUUCCUCUUCCCCUUUCCCUUCCCCAGCCCUGAGGCUGCCCUGCCCAGGCCUCCUGUCUCUUGGCAAGAAGCUGACAGGUUGGGAGAUUGUAGGCAUGUCACCAAGCACUUGAGAACUCAGCGUCCCAGGAGAUGCCUGUUCACUCUGCUCAUCUCCGAGGUCUGGUGGGUCAAGCUCUGGGAAAAGGGUUUUCAGGGCAAGGAGGCCAGAUAAGAUCUCCAGGGCUACUGAGUUCAGCCGGGGACAAGUGAGGGCUGCAGGCUAGCCCAGCCUGGCCUGACCCCACUCACCGUGUCCUGGAGUGGGGUUUCUCCUUGUUGAAGAAGGGGUGCAUUUGCCUGAUAUGCAAAAAGGCAUUGUAUGGCCAGAGCCUGCAACUCAGUGUGGUGUGCAUCAGCACCUAUGGGAGUUUGUUAGAAACACAUAACCCCAGGCCCAAUCCCGGACCUCUGGGAUCAGAACCCGCACUCCAAGAGAUCCCCAGGGAUUCCUACGAGCACUUUACUGUUUAAGAAGCAAGGCCUAGCCCUAACCAGUUUGGCUCAGUGGAUAGAGCGUCGGCCUGCGGAC